GUUUGUUAUUUACAUCUCCCUCUCUCUCUCCCCUCACCAACCCCUUUUUAAAAACCCAUCACCUUCUCCUCAUUUCCCCACAUCUUUUUCUGUUUCUCUGGUUUUUUUUUCUCUCUGGGCACAAAUUGCAACUGGGUCUUCUGAGUCUCAAACAAAAACACGAAAGAUCAAAGCUUUAGACAUGGACUCAAUCUCCAGCAGCGCAAGAAGGCCUUGUUUCAUCGAGGAAGAUGAUGGGUUGGCCUCACUGGCAGACAUGGAAGCUGGGUUUUCUGGGAGCCACCACCCAUUUUUUUCAAGGCCUAUGUGUUAUGCAAGGAGGAGCAGCAGCUUCAGAAACCUCUCUGGUAUGGCUUCGUUUUCUUCCUCUUCUUCCUUGUCCCCAAGAUCUGGGCGGUUCUGUGAUGCCAGAUUUGAAGAAACCCACCAGCCCCAUUUCUUGGAAGCUUGUUUUCUCUGCAAGAAGCCACUUGGUGAUAACAGAGACAUCUUCAUGUACAGAGGUGACACUCCAUUCUGUAGUGAAGAGUGCAGAGAUGAGCAGAUAAAAACAGAUGAGGCCGAGGAGAAGAACUGGAACCUCUCUUCUUCCAUGAAAGCCUUGAGAAAAAGAGAGCAAAGGAAAUCAAACAACACAGCCAGCAACACCAACCAAGACUACCCUUUCCAUACAGGCACAGUUGCAGCCGCUUAAAAAGAAAAAUCAAAGGAGCUGAUUUGUGUCCAAGAGAGUUGGAAGGCCAAGGAGAGAAGAAGUGAAUAGGCAGAGCAAGACCCCCUUUUUUUUUUUUGAGGGAUUGUGAAUGUUUUAUACAUAUGAAGAAAAGUGUGUCUUUGUGUGCUCUUAGCUCUAUGAGAUGGCUCUUAUUUUGGGUAUUUCUUUUCUUUUUUUCUCGGUUUUUUUUAGAAAUUUUUGGUUCCAUAUAUAAAUAUAUAAAUAUUUUUCAUUCCCCUAAUGUAAUGCAAGCAAAAAGCUUCAGCUUUACAGUGGUGAAGAUAUGGAAAAAGAAAAAGUUGUAAGAUUUUCUCUCAUUCUUGGUUGUUCUUUGGCCUUUCCCUUAUGUUGGGUUCAUGUUAUUGGAAUUUAGAUUCGUGUGUUUUGGAA